UUGAGUUUGAUGAUGUUGUCGAGUUUAUUACAUGUGAUGGUUUAGUAAUUAAUUCUGAGGAAAAGAUAUUUGAUUUUAUCAUUGGUUGGACACGCUAUAACACAGAUGAACGUAAUGACUUGUUACCGGAUCUUAUGAAAUAUUUACGUUUGUCUUUAAUUUCAAAAGAAGGACUACAAAGGAUUUAUAAUGAACCAUUAGUGAGAAAUAAUAUUGAUGUUAUGAGAGGCAUGUUAGAAAAUAUAAUUUCUUACAACUCAAAACCAUUAUAUACUCUAGGAAGAUGUGCUCAAAUUGAAUCAUCAAAUAUUAUUUUUGCAAUAACUGGUGAUUCAAACAGUGCCGGUUCCAGUGUAAAGUAUAUGGAUAUUAGAAACGAUAAGAUGGAUGACUUAAUCCAUAGUAUUUUCGAACUUCAAGUUCGAAAAUCGAACAUUUCUUUUUACGCACAGUCUUUACAAACAAGUAGGUUCAUGCAAAGCGUAUGA